AUGGUUACCUCUAUUGAUCAACUUUCCGUUAAUACCAUUCGUACUCUUGCUGCUGAUGUUGUUAGAAAAGCUAAUUCAGGUCACCCAGGUGCUCCAAUGGGUUGUGCUCCAAUGGCUCACGCACUUUUCUCAAAAUUUAUUACUACAAACCCUAAAAAUCCAAAAUGGUUAAACAGAGAUCGUUUUGUGUUAUCAAAUGGUCAUGGAUGUGCAUUACAAUAUAUAUUAUUACAUCUCCUUGGUUUCGAUCUUACCAUAGAUGAUUUGAAAAAUUUUCGUCAAACUGAUAGCAAAACGCCUGGUCAUCCUGAAUCUCAUAUGACCCCUGGGAUUGAAGUAACCACUGGACCCCUUGGUCAAGGAUUUUCCUCUGCGGUUGGGUUGGCCAUUGCUCAAGAUCAUUUAGCCUCCACUUUUAAUAAGGAAUGCUUUGAUUUGUUUACAAAUCAUACUUUUGUAAUUGUUGGCGAUGGUUGUCUUCAAGAAGGUGUUGCUUCUGAAGCUGCUUCUCUUGCUGGUCAUCUUAAACUUGGAAAUUUAAUUGUUUUAUAUGAUGAUAAUCAUGUUUCUAUUGAUGGUGAUACCAAUGUGAGUUUUACUGAAGAUGUCAAUAAACGUUUUGAAGCAUAUGAUUGGCAUACACAGGUUGUAAAAGAUGGUGACAGUGAUCUCGAUUCGAUCAUUGCUGCAAUCGAAAAGGCAAAAUCUGUCAAGGAUAAGCCUUCUAUCAUUAAAAUCAAAACAACAAUUGGUAUAGGUUCUAAACAUGAAGGCACAGAAAAAGUUCAUGGUAGCCCUUUAGCUCCAGAUGAUAUCGUUGAAAUAAAGAAAAAAUUCAACUUUGAUCCCGAUAAAUUCUUCCAUGUACCCAAUGAGGUUUAUAAUUAUUAUGGAGAAUUUUGUAAAAGAGGUAUCGAUGCAGAAGCCAAAUGGAAUUGUCUUUUCGAAGAUUAUUGCUCUAAAUAUCCUGAUUUGGCUAAAGAUAUUAAAAGAAGAUUUUCAGGUAAAUUACCGGAUGGAUGGUCUAACAAAUUACCCAGAUAUACACCUAAAGAUUCUCCAGUUGCCACUAGAAAAUUAUCUGAAAAAGUUUUGGAUAGUAUUACGGAUGUUUUGCCAGAAUUGAUUGGUGGAUCUGCAGAUUUGACUGGAUCUAACUUGACACGUUGGAAAACUGCUGUAGAUUUCCAACCUGAUAGUAAUGGACUAGGCCUGUAUUCUGGAAGAUAUAUUAGAUACGGUGUACGUGAACAUGCUAUGGCUGCUGUCAUGAAUGGUUUGACUGCUUAUGGUGGUAUAAUUCCAUUUGGUGGCACUUUCUUGAAUUUUAUUAGUUAUGCUUUGGGUGCUGUAAGAAUAUCUGCGCUUUCAUCAUUUCGCGUACUCUACAUCAUGACUCAUGAUUCUAUUGGUUUAGAUGGUCCUACUCAUCAGCCAAUUGAAACAUUAGCUGGUCUUCGUGCAUUACCAAAUAUACUAAUUUUCCGUCCUGCUGACGGUAAUGAAGUUUCUGGUUCUUAUUUGGCAGCAAUAGAAAAAAUUGAUGCUCCAUCGGUACUUGUUCUUACGCGUCAAAAUCUUCCUCAGUUGGAAGGUUCUUCAGUUGAGAAAACUCUUAGAGGUGCUUACGUUCUACAAGAGUGUAAGAAUGCUCAAAUCACUUUAAUCGCAACUGGAUCCGAAGUUUCGCUUAUUGUAGAUACAGCAAAAUUAUUAGAAGAAAAGCACGGCAUCAAUAGUCGUGUAGUUUCUUUACCAUCAUUUGAACUAUUUGAAGAACAGUCUGAAGAUUAUAAAUUAUCAGUUCUUCCUGAUGGUAUUCCAAUAUUAAGUGUUGAAGUACUCUCUACAUUUGGUUGGGCUAAAUAUGCUCAUGCUACUUAUGGUAUGACGACGUUUGGUGCUUCUGGGCCUUAUAAGGAAGUAUUUAAAAAAUAUGGCUUUGUUCCAGAAAAUAUUGCUGCUAAAGCAAAACAAACCAUUGAAUUUUAUAAAGUAAAUCCCAUCUCAUCUGUAGUUCGUAAACCUUUCUAA